CUCCCUCUCUCCCUCUAACCCAAACAAAUACUAAUUUCCUCUUCCCUCUCUUUCCCUCUCUCUCCCUCCAAAUUCACCCAAAUAAAAAAACUAAAAGAAAAGCCGCAAAUGGAACAAAAUCUACCAGUGAUGGCUAAAAAAGUAUUGAGCAUAGUAAGGGCAGUUCUCUUCACGAUGAGAAAAGGAAUUUCAUCAAAGAGAAAGUUCAUGGUUGAUCUCAACAUGAUGCUUAAACGUGGCAAAAUCGCCAGCGCCAAAGCCAUUGGCAACCUCAUGUUCCACCACCACAGCAACUGCCAUGACUCAUCAUCAUCCAUGGCGGCGGCAGCAGCAGCAGCAGCAGCAGCACUCCAUGAGUACGAGUUCAGCUGCAGCAACACCCCAAACUACAUCUUCCCUUUCAACCUUGCCACCAAGAAAAAAAACAGCAUUAACAACUACUACCACCAGUUCUUCGCAUGCACCCACGCUCCUCCUACUCACGACGAUGACAUGGAGACCAUGAACGCCGUUAAGGCUGCCUUGGAGAUACUUAACAACAACAACAACGACAGCAACAACAUGGUGGUGGAAGCUGCUGCUGCUUCCCCUAUGUUGCCAGGGUUCGGACAAACUCCAUUGGCGAGGCAACUUAGGAUAACGGACUCCCCUUUUCCACUAAGGGAUGUCGACGACGACAAUGGGCGCAUAGACAAGGCUGCCGAGAAUUUCAUAAACAGGUUUUACAAGGAUCUGAAGCAGCAAAAUAAAAGAAUGGCUGAGUUAUAAGGGAACUCUUUGCUUUGUUGAUGAUUUUCCAUGUUUGGAGUUUAUAUAUGGUUAAUUGCAUUUGGGGAUUUAAUUUAGUUGUUGAUACAACAAAUAAAAGAAAAAAAAAUUAUAAGAAAAAUCCAUGAAAUGAUGAAAAUUUCAGUUUUUUUUUUUUUUUUUUUUUUUUCUAUCUUAUGUUAAAAACUGUUUAGGUUUAUCAUGAAAGUUAUUGUCAUAUUCAAAGAAAGGUAUUGCGCACUAUGAGUGCUCACUAAAAAAUUAUGGUGAUUUAUACAUAAUGAUUAAAUUAUAAUAUUUGAUAAUCAUUUAAUGAUUUUAUGUGACAAUGGUUUUGGAUCA